GCAAGAGAAAAUGAAAUGAGUGACUGGAAGACACAGGGAAGUCAUGAAGUUGUAUUAUUUCAGAAAUCUUGCAAGAGAGAUGACUAAUGAUCAUGUUCCUUUCAUGGCGUUUGGUCUGUUCUCCCUUCCACUGCUGUUGACCUGUUUCACUCUUUUGACAGCUGCUCAGAGCCAGCAGAUCAUUGCUGAUCCAGAGGUCACUGCCUACCUGGGUGGUGAUGUGACACUACACUGUAGAUUGCAGAGUAAAUCUACAGUCAAAAUCACACAGGUUCAGUGGACAUGGGAAUCAACAGAGAAAAAAAAGGAAGUCAUUGUCGUAUAUAACCCAGCUCAUGGGAAACAUUACUUUAAUUCAACUUUCUCAGGAAGAGUUGUCUAUACCAAUCAGUCCCUGGGUCAUGUGUCCAUCUACAUAACAGGAGUGAAGUUGACAGACAAGGGGAAGUUCACCUGUCAGUACACCACCUUCCCUAAUGGCAUCAUGAAAACCACCAGCACUCUCAUUGUAAAGGAGAAUCUUCCAUCCUUGUCUCCAGAAGUAGUUGCUGGGAUUGUUAUGGUCAUCCUGCUAGUCAUGGUUCUCCUAGCAGUUUCAUUGUACUUCAUCCUUAAGAGGAGAUAUGUUACUUCCAUGGGGAUUAUUACUGUGUGCUGCUCACUUCAGCCCAAUGUUAAUGAAGAACAGGAAUUAACCUAUGCAGAUGUACGGGCCUUUUCUAAUGCAAAAGAAGCUACGAAGAGUCCGGCGACGCAAACCGAGUGUGAAUACGCUGAAGUGAACCGCGGGAGCCAGUCAGCGAACAGGCGUUCGGCGCCCAGCCCGGCCCUGCAUUCUCACGCAGAGCAUAGGGACGUCUCACACGCUCAAGUCAGGAGGACCUAGCCUUUGUGAGAUGGGGCAAAUGGAACUCUAGUGAUCAACAGUGAUCAACCAGAAAAUUUUCAUAGCCUUAUAUGUAUCAUGCCAGUUUUUUUUGUUCAAAUUGUUAUGGAUAUGAUGCCAAAGUAAAAUACUGCAUAGAAGUGGCAAAUCACAUUGUACUCAGCUGAAAACACAAGUAAAACUAUUGAAUCAUUUAUGCCACCGAUGCUUAUUUGAAAGCUAAUUAUCCAAGCAAACAAAACUGAGAAAGUUUGUACAGUAAGUUGAUGGACAAAUAUUUUAAAGGAUGUGUAAUUGUACCACAGUAGCUUUGCAAGACUACCAUUGCAAUAUCUCAUCAAUAUUAAGUAAGUCAAUAUCCUUCCUCAAUAAACACAACAAUCUGCAAA